AUGUUUAAUCGUUUUUCAUGUUCAUCUGGAUCUCGUGAUUCCUCAGGCACUUCUUACAGAUCAUUUUGUAUUCAUGUUCGGAAUGUGAUUGCUAUUGUAUGUGGAUUAGAGUUGGUUCUAAUACUGUAUCUAUUUUUGUACAGUAAGUUCUUCCUUGAUGAUAAGUUGACGAUGCAGAAUUCGAUGAAACGGUUGGAACAUGUCGAAGUGACAAACAUAUUCUGUUGAAAAACCCGGGAGUUGACAACUGCGCAUCUACACUUCUUUUGUCGUUUACAAUAUUCCAUGGAAUAUGUGAUGCUCUUAGUCUAGUAGGUAAAAACAAAAAUAAUAAAACUGGUGGUCAGAUGUCAAUUAUUGUCGAGAAAAACAAAUUGGUUCUACCUCUGUUGAUAGUUCUGGUGUUGAACAUCUUGGUAUCAGGGUUAUUUUUGCUGAUUUCCUUCAUUACAUACAUCUCUACACCCGUUCCUUAUAGUAGGGUAAGUCAACCAUUCGUUGGUAUUACCUUUUAGAGUUUCGUAAUUUUUGUUACUAGUCAAGGAUUAUUUCGAGUUUACGAAUUCCUUUGUGCCCGGCGGCUAUAUUGGUAUUAUAAAUGGGCAUCCGAUCAGAGAAGUGCUCCCCAAUGUUCUCUACUACGGGAAGAGGAAUCAAGUUUUCAAUUUUGA